AUGGAGUCAGAUGUCGAGAGUGAUGUUGCCCUGGUCAAGCGGAGGAGGAAUGAUUAUGAAAGCGAUGACCCUAGCGAGAGGUCAGACGAGUCAUCUGAAGAAAAUGAUGAAGAGGAAGAAACACCUCAAAAGCAUGGAAAACGUCAUCGCGACUUUAGGGAUGUCCGGAAUCUAUUUAUUGAUGAAGCCGAAGCUGUGGAUGAAGAUGAAGAAGAGGAGGACGAUGAUGGUGACGACGCCGAACUUCUGGGUCAUGAGGAGGACGAGGCCAUUCAAUCGGCUAUGGCAUCAGCUCGCGAUCUUGAAGCCCGCAAUCGAAUGAAGGAGUUCACAGAUCAGGAUGUGGAGUGCUUAGAACGGUACUUUCAACAGCGUUAUGAGUCGCAGAAUUAUGCUUCACGUCGGUUUGGUGAAGGGGCCGGCAUGACUGCUAGCAUCGUCCAACAGGAAAGGGUUCCUGGUAUCAAGGAUCCUAGUCUCUGGGCUGUUCGCUGCCAAAUGGGUGAAGAAAAGGCCACAGUGCUUUCUCUUAUGCGUAAAUUCCUCGCCUUUCAGUUGUCAGAUACACCUCUUCAAAUAAAGUCCGUGUUUGCAAAGGAAGGUUUGAAAGGUCACAUCUACAUCGAAGCCUUCAAGCAAACUCAUGUGAAGCAAGCCCUUGAAGGUAUCAGUGCGCUAUCAAGGGCUCGGUUUGAGCAGAAAUUGGUACCUAUUAAUGAGAUGAUUGAUGUUUUGAAUGUGGUCAAGGAGACUGCUCAGUUAAAGCCGAAGCAGUGGGUUCGCCUCAAAAGUGGUCUUUAUAAAGACGACCUGGCUCAGGUUGAAAGCGUCAAGGAUGCGCAAAAUCUAGUCCGGCUCAAGCUCGUUCCUAGGAUUGACUACGAUCGUAAACGAAGCCGGUUUGACGACGGUGAUGGGGGAGAGGGUUCAGUGCAAGGCCCCACCCCAGGCUACCGCAAAGGGCGUUGGAAGCGUCCUCCUGCCGCCCUCUUUGACCCCAGUAAAGUUGCUGAUCGCAUCAGCAAUAGCGGUUCCUUCAUCGUUUUCGAGGGCAAUCAAUACGACUCUGCUGGCUUCCUCCGAAAGGACUUCCGCAUAAACGCGGUCAUUGCUGACGGAAUCCGGCCAACCUUGAAUGAGUUGGAGCGAUUCAACCAGCUGCCUGAUGGCGCUGAGCUGGCGGCGGCAGCUGCAUCCGUGGCGACCAAGACUGUCUCCUCUGUGAAACUGGGUACAAACGGUGAGGUCAUUUCGUCGAGCCAUGGCUUCAUGCCCGGCGAUAUUAUCGAGGUCUGUGGUGGUGAAUUGAAAAAUCUUAGAGGCACAGUACUGUCUGUGGAAGUCGACGAUAGGGUCAUAGUACAGCCCAGUCAUCAUGAUCUAAAAGAGCCGAUUCCUUUCAAUCCAACAGAAUUAAGGAAGUAUUUUGAACAAGGUGACCGUGUCAAGGUCAUUCAUGGUCGUUAUGAGAAUGAGACGGGACUGUUGCUCGUCUAUGAGCCAAACUUGUGCAUGGUCCUCCCAGAUAGGGGUAUGUCUGAGAUCCGCGUCGCUCCAAAAGACCUUCGUCUUUGGCAGGACCGGGGGGGUUCCUCGGAUGGUGGCCGGCCGGAUGGCGUUCAGUUGAUGGAUUUUGUGCAGAUCGACUCGCACAACUUCGGCGUGGUAACCCAAGUCGACAGAGAGAGCAUCUCAAUUCUCACCUGCCUCGGCAAGGUGGUCACCGUCAAGGCAAACACUGCUCUACGUGUUAUGAAAUUUGGCGGUCCACGCGGUGUUCAGCCUCAGGCCCUCGAUCGUAAUGGGAACGUCAUUCAGAUCAAAGACAGUGUACGUUUUCUUGAGAAGCCCUACACUGGUGUAGUUGGCGAGAUCAGAUAUAUCUAUCGGUCGUGGGUGUUUAUAUACUGUCGAACACACGUGGAGAACGCCGGAAUCUUGGUAUCAAAAUCGCGUCAGUUGGCGCAGAUUGGAGGCACGGGGAACAGGAAGGAUGAAGGCCUGUCAUCCUCACACUCUGCCCGUCCUCCUGCCGUCCAGCCUCUCUCGGGCCAGCGUAUAUGCAAUUCCAGGGGCCCUAACCAGUUUGACAGAUCUAUCAUCGGCAAGACGGCUCGCAUCGUUGCUGGCACUUUAAAAGGCUUGACGGGUAUAAUCUGUGACGCCACAUCGAACGAGGUGCUGCUGGAACUGCACUCCCAGUUUAAAAAGGUUCACGUUCUACGUCAGAACGUCGGCCUGUUAGAUAGCUCCGGGCACAUCAUUGCCGACCAACUUGGCGCCUCCGCGGCCACCCCUAGGGCCACCUCUGUCCGGGAGGCUCGCACACCCAUGGCGGGAUCGAUGACACCUCACGCGCCGAGUAUGACUCCUCGUGCUGAUGCGACACCUCUACCAUACGCUUUCAAUCCAAAUAUGGCCACUCCUGCUCACUUUAUCAACGACGAUGGCCAAACCACAGCAGGCUACCAGCCAUGGCAAACACCGGACCAUCACAGGACGCCUAGGUCAAGUCACUCCAUAGACGACGAAGAAGACGAGUAA